CAGACGAGGCAUGCAGGUAGGCGGGAGAAGUCAAGCGAGUCCCGGCCGGCCCAGUUUCUUAGCGUAGACUGGUUACAGGGCCUGGUCUCCUUGCGUCUGCGGGGGUGUGCCACGCCUUCGGGUUUUCUUACUUUUUUCUAGUGUAAGUCUAAUGCGACUCCAUUAGACCGUCACAAUGCACUCGAGCAAAAGGAAAAGUUUUCGGAGGGAAGAGAUCAACAAGACGGUGUGGGAGGUUCCGGACAAUUAUGUGUGCCUCCGGCAAAUCGGAACAGGAGCGUACGGCUCGGUGUGCUCUGCAGUUAAUACGAUUACUAAUGAAAAGGUGGCUAUAAAGAAACUACAUCGUCCGUUCCAGUCAGAAACAUUUGCCAAGAGAGCCUACCGGGAGCUGUGUCUUUUAAAGCACAUGAAGCAUGAAAAUGUGAUUGGACUUUUAGAUGUCUUCACACCAGCCAGCCGUCUAGAUGAUUUUCAUGAUUUUUACCUUGUUAUGCCUUUCAUGCAUACCGACCUGUUGAAAAUCAUGGGACUUCUCUCAGAAGAACGGAUUCAAUACCUGGUGUACCAAAUCUUGAAAGGACUCAAGUACAUCCACUCGGCAGGAAUUAUCCACAGGGAUCUGAAGCCAGGAAACCUUGGCGUUAAUGAAGACUGUGAACUUAAGAUACUUGAUUUUGGCCUGGCAAGGCAUGCAGAUGCUCAGAUGACUGGUUAUGUAGUGACAAGAUGGUAUCGGGCUCCAGAAGUGAUUUUGAACUGGAUGCACUACACUCAAACAGUUGACAUCUGGUCUGUUGGCUGCAUCAUGGCUGAGAUGAUUAAUGGCAGGACUCUAUUUAAAGGAAAUGAUUACAUGGAUCAGCUCAGCCAAAUCAUGCGAGUGACGGGGGUUCCAGAUACAGAUUUCAUUCAGAAGUUGGAGAGUCCUGAGGCAAAAAACUAUAUCAAAUCUUUGCCAUCAUUUCCAAGGAAGGAUUUUACUCAACUUUUCCCCAGGGCCAGUCCUGCUGCUGUAGACCUCCUUGAAAAGAUGCUCGUUUUGGAUGCAGAGAAGAGGUUGACUGCUUCUAAGGCUUUGGAACACCCCUACUUUGAACCCUAUAGAGAUCCAGAAGAGGAAAUUGAGGCUGAACCAUAUGAUGAUAGCCGUGACAAUGCAAACUUAACUGCAAAUGAAUGGCGAAAGCUCACAUAUUUAGAAGUGAUCAGCUUCCAACCAUUCCCCCGAAGAGAUUCUAGAAAGAGGAACUUGCCUCCUCUCUGAUGCAGCCUGGUGGAAGAUGCUCACUCUACUGAGCUAUCUGGAUUUUAUUGUCCUGCAUCUGCCACAUUGUACUUGUUGUUUUUGCAGUUGAAGAACACUAUAUGGUUUGUGCCAUCUCCUUGCAGACUUUGGGACUCCUUUGGUAACCUCAGUAGAAAUACAGGUUAUCAAAUAUGGAGGGACUGAUAAAGUUGCUUUACACAACAACAUUGGAUUUUGUUUGAUCUAGUACUUAGUUCCAGCUUUCUGGUUAAGUGUCUAAUAGACUAAGACAGAAGGUCAUGAUGUUAAUGUCUACUUAAAUGCUUUCUCUGGCCACUUUGUAAAAUAUUUUUGGAAACCUUUUCUCAUUUAAAAAUCCCUCAUUGUGUUGAAACAUAAUUCUUGCUGCAUAGGGAUGCAGUGUAUUGUUGAAUGGAUUUAAUCUGACAACUGCAGAAGAGGCAGGACAGACGAGAACAACUGUCUGAUUGGCUAGUUUUAUGUGUAUUUAUUUAGUAGAUGUUUGUAUUCGGACCAGCUUAUAUAUCACAACUGUAUGAAGAUAAAUGCCAUGAUAAACAUGUGAAAAGCAAUCAAAGAUGAAGCAUAGUGAAAUUUAUAAGUUUAAGCUAACCAGGUAUGGUACAUACUAUACAAAAAAGAAAAGAAAAACCUAAUCGGUUUCAGUCUGCAAAUGAGGUGUCAAGUACAGGAAUUUAUGUGAAAUAAGAAAUUCCUCUUCAUACUUUUUAUAUUAAGAUAAUGUCAGAAGAGGUCCAUAAUUGAGGUGCAGUGAGAAUCUUAACACUAAAA